CUAACACAUUAUUAGUCACGGGUCGAAGUGAGCUUUAAUAUUAACCGAGCAGCUCCCUUGUAAGCUAGCAUGUUACGAAACCUAAUAACCCAUCACAUACACCGGCAGGGUAAGUCAAUGUGUCCCAUUAGGAGGAGGUGAUGAAACGUUAAACUUGUAAAACUAUAAAUUAUUUGCGAAUUUAAAUUCGGUUGGUAACGUUAAAUGAAUAUUAAUGACAAUGUGUAAGUCGAAGUGUUGUUGUUAGAUAACAGGGGCGCUAACGCUACGUAAUUAACCACUUAACUGAAACAGGUGCUUGUUGACCUUUAACGUUAACGUUACUGUAACUUAAUCCUCGUUAGUUACACAGUAAUUACAAGUAUUUUGUGGUCCCAUAAACUAGCCAGCCGACAGUUGAACUGAAGCUGUGGGCGAAUAACUCAGAGAUGUUUUUGUCAUUUGAAUUUCUGCAAAAGCAUCCAGCUUUUCUAUAUAUAAACAGUCUCUGAGUCAUUGUUGAAAAGCUGGAAUAACUGUUCUGCAUGCUGUCACAAAACAAUCUGUGAAUUCAUAGAGGAAAUCAAGUUACUUUGGAAAGAAAACACACCGCAGUUUUGGGGAAGUAUUGCACUUUAACUCUCUUUUAAUAAUGCCCCUCAGUAAAAGAUCCCCAACAACAGUCGACCAUAUUACUGUUAAACUGCAGCUCAGGAUGCUUAAUUAUAUCAGUAAUAUGUCAAUAUCAUAAUCAUUUAUGACUGAAACUAUGUGGGUGAAAACAAAUCAGCAAAGUAUGAUGUCAAAAGGUCAUUUAGAGUCAAUCACAAUGUAGAACAAGUCACCUGAAAGGGAACAAUAAGGAUUAUAAUGUUUGUACUUUUUAUGACUGUUUGAGCUGUCUUUGUCAGAUGUACACAGUGAUUUACUCCUGUUGUACAUUCCAGGGUCGGCUUCAGAAGGUUUCGCCGCGGUGUGUUGAGCCUACUUGCUCCCUGUGUCUCCUCGGCUGUUGAGCAGCAUGAAUGGGUUUACAUUUCCAGCCGACGACCUGCUGUGCAGGUGUUUCGGCAUCUCCAUCACGUGUCUCCAUGUCUGGUUGACUCUUCUGUUUGUCUUCAUAAUCGUGCCAACUGUUCUCGGAGUCUCUUUUGGUUUCCGCAGACUCUACAUGAGGAGCCUUCUCAAGAUCUUUGAGUGGGCAACUUCACGAAUGGAGAAGGAAGCAAAGGAGAAGAAUCAGCAACUCUAUAAACCAUGUAGCAAUGGAAUCAUAGCCAAAGAAACACCAUCGUCCUUCCAGCAGGAGAUCCGGGAGCUCCGAGGUUCUGCCGGCUGUCUUCCCUCAGAGCCGGAGUUUGAGAUGGCUGACAUCUUCUACUUCUGCCGGAGAGGUGCGGAGAGCAUCUUGGAUGACGAGGUGACGAAGCGCUUUUCGGCCCAGGAACUGGAGACCUGGAACCUGCUGACUAGAAGCAACUACAACUUCCGUCAUAUCAGUAAGAGACUCACUGUCCUGUGGGGCCUGGGAGUCCUCAUCCGCUACGGCGUCCUGCUGCCUCUCAGGGUUACUCUGGCUGUCACUGGCAUUAGUCUGCUUCUCGUCUUGACUGCUUUGGUCGGCUUUUUACCAAAUAGAGAGUUAAGGUUCUACCUGACUGAGAAGGUUCAUCUGAUGUGUUACCGCAUCUGUGUGAGAGCCCUCACAGCAAUCAUCACCUAUCAUAACAGAGAGAACAAACCAAAGACUGGCGGUAUCUGUGUGUCUAAUCACACAACGCCCAUUGAUGUCAUCAUCUUGGCCAAUGAUGGCUGCUACUCUAUGGUUGGCCAGGUGCAUGGAGGCUUGAUGGGAAUAAUCCAGCGAGCGAUGGCCAAAUCCUCUCCUCAUAUCUGGUUUGAAAGAUCAGAAGUCAAAGACAGACACCUAGUGGCCAAACGGCUAAGCGAUCAUGUUGCUGACAAAACUAAACAGCCCAUCCUGAUCUUCCCUGAGGGUACUUGCAUCAACAACACAUCCGUGAUGAUGUUUAAAAAGGGCAGCUUUGAAAUUGCCUCCACAGUCUAUCCAGUUGCCAUUAAGUAUGAUCCUCGGUUUGGUGAUGCGUUCUGGAACAGCAGUAAGUUUGGCUUGGUGACUUAUCUGCUGAGGAUGAUGAGCAGUUGGGCCGUUGUCUGCAGCGUUUGGUACCUGCCGCCUAUGAACAGAGAGGAAGGGGAGGAUGCGGUGCAGUUUGCCAACAGAGUGAAAGCAGCCAUAGCUGCACAAGGAGGAUUAGUGGAUCUCAUUUGGGAUGGAGGUCUGAAACGAGCAAAAGUGAAAGACGCUUUUAAAGAAGAGCAGCAGAAACUUUACAGUAGAGUUCUUGUAGGAGAGCAGGAAGAGGGGGACCAAAGUGACGACACAUAUUUGGAGGAUAAAAAUCAAGAGGAUGAAAGCAAUCCAGCUUCAACAAAAGGACAAUGAGGACACAGUGAACGUGUGACGUUAUAAAUACCGACUCUUAUACCUCACACAGUGAAAUCUUGAAUCAUUUUUAGUAUACAUUUGUUGAAAUGUGAAUUAUCAGAAGUAUAGAUUUGUUGAUUCUUACUGUAACCGUCAUUUUUACCAGACUCUGAGUGAUAGAAAAGCGUUUUUAUAGUUUGAUAUUUAUGUUUUUAGUGGUGUAAAAAUCUAUAUUUAUUGACAUUUUUUGUAUGAUGUGAAAUUAGGAGAAUGGUUACACUUACAGUACAGGAAGCUCAAACAUUUAGAGACAUACACAUCCUAACAGGUCAGUUUGUCUUUAAGCUAAUGACCAAAGUCCUUCAGUGACCCCGAUUCCCCUGCCUCCGUUUUACUGCCAUGGGAGCUUGUUGUAUAUAUCGGAUUAAAACUCUUUGUAAAUACUUUCAGAGAUUCUUUUAACAGGUGCACAGCCAUCAGGAAAGCUGCGACCAUGUCCAGUGCCUAGUACUACUACUACUGUUACAUCACUGCCAGACAGUGGCAGUGCCAACAAUUGUGCGUCACAUUGCUAAUUGGCUGAAGGCUCUAUAUGUGUCUUCGCCUUUAAUCUUCGCUGGGCACCAGGAAGCAGCGAAAGUAAGAUAAAGCAUUUGCAGGCCUGGUACAUAAUGUAAGCCAUAGUAAUGUAGGUUUUUAGAUUUGUUUGUCUCAGGUUGUUAGGAAAGCCCUUCUUAGAGUGAGGCAUGUUACCCUUCUUCAACAGCAGGAGUCAGGUUUCAGACAUCCAUGUUGCGUGUUGUGGAGUGAGUAACACACAUACAAAGCAGCAGCAGUAUAGAUACAUACUUUCUCCAUUCCCAUCUCAUCCUGCCCAGGCUCAUGGGCAUGGAGGGUUUAUCUCAGCAUGCAUUGAGGUAAAUGCUAGGAAUCAACUCUCCAUCACACUGAGCAUUCAAUCCAUCUGAAAUCCCCACAGACACCGCAGCCUGAUUAGGAUUCAAACUGGAGCUGCAUGUGAAACUGAACCCACCUUAUGAACCCUAUCCCCUGUCACAUGGCUUGUCAGCUAUCCUGUCCUCUCUCCAUGUGACAAUUGGAGCAGAGCUCUCAUGUUUUCAGACCUAGAUCAGAAAGAUGUUAGAGUAAGAAUAGAUGGAACUGUGACUAUACAUAAGAACAUGUCUUAAAUAAAAAGAUUUA